GAAAUCAUCAGUAGACUGAAGGGGACAGGCUAGAGCAAGAAGCUAGCCUACUGGAUUGGGGUCUGGAGCGCAAGAGCAGCAAGAGUAGGGCCAACAUAGAGAGCAGCAGAAGAAAGGAAGCGAGUACAGUCAGGAGAAGGAGGCGCUACAGAAGCAAAUUGAGUCCGGGUCUGAGUACGAGAACUCAGGCAAGCUCUUCUUGAUCAUGCUGAGUAGAACUAUUUAAAAAAAAAUUCUAUGAUGUAUCUUAUCAUCAACUUGCAUAAAAUGUUUUUGAGGUAAGUUGUGUGGAGUGAGUGUUGGUAAAUAGUUGGGUUAGCUGAUGGAGCAGCUAAUCAAUUUUUUUUAUAUAAUUAUUUGGUGGGUAGAGGGUGCCCGGAAUGGACAUAUUGGGAGGUGGGGCCCUCUACAUAUGGCUAUGACAUUAAGAUUAAAAAAAUUUCACUCGUUUUAUGCGCCGUACUACAACCGUAUCAACCAUGGUCUCGUCUAAGACGAGUUGAGCCCAAUACCAUCAAGUUAUUAUACUCUCCACAUGGGUAAGUUGUAGUAGGGUGGGCGAUGAGUUCCCACGCUAAUGCCGGAUGGGUGCAUUAGCAAGCGCUAUAUAUUAAGCGUUGGUGGAGUGCGGGUUCCGAAACCUGACACAACGGCUAGUGACCACUAGCCGGGUGGAGAUAUAAUAUACAAAUGGGAAAAAGCUUAGGUUCUGAACCAUGUCUCGCAUCUAAGGAAAUGCAUAUGGCAAUUAUGCUUUCGAGCUCUAUGGGUAAAGUGAUACAAACUCUGCAGAGUUAAAGUAAAACAUGAAUUCAUGCCAGUCUCUUGGAUUGGGGAUUACGGGGACCUAUUGGUGGUCUAUCUCGCAAUACGAGUGUUUGAUAGGUUUUAUAAAUUGAAAUAAACUUUCUGCAACAAAUGUUUAUUUUGAAAGGUGUUGAGUUGAGGUAGGACUUGUUGAUUUAUAUUGAGCUAUCAUGAGUGUUGCAUUUUGCUAUUUGAGCUUGCUGAGUACUUUGUACUCACUCUUGCUAUUAAUCAUCUCCUUCUUAGAGCAAAGCUUGUAUGAUAAUCCUGCUGGACCAAGUGAGGAGAGCAAUGGUGAUGGCUACAACUACACAGGGGACCUAGAUGUGGAUCCAUCUAGUGCUAUGUACGAUUUGGAUGCUACAUAUGGGGGUUGGGAGGAAUAACUAAUGAUCUAGCUAUGUAAUCCAGGAACCAUUCUAUCACCACCUAUCUAGUACUGCUAGUUGGAACUCCAGAGUUAGGAGAUGUAAUAAUUGGGUGAACAUAUGAGAAGCCUACUUGAGACUUUUAGCCCUGCGUGGCAUGGUAUUGAAAUAUAAUUUACCAUCUCUAGCUAUUCCCUGUUGCAAAUCUCUGACAUGGAUUAUUAUUUGACAAAACAAGAUUUUGUCAAGAAAUAAUCCAAGGACUAGUGUCAUUAUCUAUAAUAAUAAUGACACGGGUCGUCACAGGUGGUAUCAGAGCAAUGGUUUCGAGGGCCACGCGAUAGUUAGAGACGGUAGGAAUACUUUAAUUGGAACCCAUACUUGCUAUAUUGCACUACCAAUAAAUCCCACAUCAUAAUUAUUCUGUCCAGUAACUUUAGAUGACUACCAUGCUAAUUAGAAGCCUGUUGCAGGAUGGUUCGAAUUAGAAUUCCACUAUCAAGGGUUCGUGGCCAACAUGUCGUACUACUUUGGCAAAUGAUGCAUGAGCUUGGGGCACCAUGUCCUCAAUUCUUUGAAGAGAUGCCAGAUGAUGGAACACACUCCUACAGGCGUGUAGUUGUGGUGCUCAGCGGUGUUCCAUCAGACAGGGACUUCUAUGUGGAGCUCUCCACAAUGCAGCGGUCAUCCGAUGAGACUCUACCCAUGCAGGAGGUUGCCAAGGAAGCUAUGCUUGGACUACGAGCACGCUUUGGAGAGAAACUGCGCACCACCGGAUACCGUGACUUGCCAGCACUUGAUUCUGGGGGUUUUGGGCAGAACCAUCAGCAAGGACCUAGAGGAGCAAGCCUUGGUGUUGGGUCUUCAUCAGCUCAGCCUACACCUGUCGCUUCAACAGUUAGCACCACUUCUAGUAUGACAAUGAUUGCUAAUACGAUGAUGUAUCAUGCAAUGAAGGAGGAGCUUAUUAGACACCAGGAAGCAACCCAAUUCUGGUAUCAAUGCUAUCAGAUGAGCGAACAUGAUAGGAUUGUGCUUCAGGGAGCACUAAAUGCUAUGCCGGGAGGUCCUCUUAAUCCUAUAAUAGUACCAGGUGAUGUUCAAGAGGAAGAAGAGGAGGAUCCAGAGGAAGUAGAACUAGAGGAACAGGAAGAAGUUGAGGGAGUAGAGAACCAAAAUGAGCCACUAGUUCCACCCUCACCAAACGUACUACUUGCACCACCCCAGCCGCUACCUGAACAUAUAGUUGAACCAGAACCCAGACUACAGCCAGAUAUAGAGCAGCAGCAGCUACCCCACUUCCCUAUUCCACGACCACACCAACCUGACUUUAUCCGCCCACACAUGAGUGUCAGCUCGAGGGAGUACAGGGAGGCUGCUACCUAUGCAAGGGUACUUGGGCUUGGCGCGAGUGGCAGUGGCGGAAGCAAUGGAAGUGGCAGCGGUAGCAACAAUGACGGUGGCAGUGGCAUCGCCUAAUCAAGUUCCUAUCUUCCAGACUCUUAGGCGUGGGACGCCUUGGCCAUAGACUAGUCUUUUGGGAUCAGUAGUAGUUAGUGUAGUGGCAGCCUGAAUAUGUGUGUUUAUGUAAGAUAUGUGUGAACUGCAAGGCAGAGUUUGUCCCCUAUGUACUAGUAGGAACUGAACCCUAUGUGGUGUGUGCUCUAGUUGUAAUGCAGUUAUGCCCUUAAGCAAGACUUAUGUGAUGUACUGAUUGUAAUAUAAGUGCUUGUUCUGUAGUAUAUAACUUGUGUGGAUUAGGAGGCUCAUAGUACCUUACUAUUGUGUGCUUUACUGAGUAAUCAGAGUGGUAUCAUUCUGGUUAGCAAGAGGCAUGUGCCACCAUGAUUGCACUUCAUGUUGGGUUACUGCAAAUUUAAGGACAUCAUGCUAUUUAUUGGUAUCACUUGCACUUGUGCUUGCUGAUUUGAAUCAAUAAUCAUGCAAAGAAGUAACCAACUAACUAGAAGCAAAAAAUGCAGGAUGAAUAACAAUGGUUUGACUGAGCAAGACCUUGUCUUUCGUUUGGGAUCAAGCGCCCAUGAUCAGCAUGGGGGUACUCCAGUUUCAGAAAAUCAAAGUGCCCUACCCGGAGCGGCGCAACUUCCAAGCAAUCCAGAAGUGGGCAAUGCUGGAACUUCUGGACUUAUGGGUGGAGAAGGCAAUCUGGGAGAUGUCCUUAAGUUCAUGGAGAAUUCUCGAAGGGAGUCCCAAGAGAACCAGAACCGCUUCCUCGAAGCGAUACUGACAAGACUAGUUCCUGGAGGAGCACACCUACCCGGUGCAGGAGUUAGCUUGGGAGAAUUUUUGAAAACUCAGCCACCCACAUUCUCCAAGGCGGUGGAUCCACUAGAGGCAGAUGACUGGCUGUUAGAAGUAGAACACAAUCUGGAAACCGUGGGGUGCUCAGAUGAAGAGAAGGUGAGAUAGGCAUCGCACCAGCUAACCGGACCAGCAGCAGCUUGGUGGAGAAAUUUCAGCCUUAACCGAGCAAAUAAUCAGCCUAUCACUUGGGAGGAGUUCAAGGAGAAUUUCCGUCAGACCCAUAUUCCAAAGGGAAAGAUGGAUAUCAAAAAGAGGGAGUUUCGCAAUCUGACUCAAGGUAGCAAGAGGAUAAACGACUACCUAAACCAAUUUAAUGAUUUGGCAAGGUAUGCUCCAGAUGAUGUGAACACUGAAGCCAAGAAAGUGGAGAAGUUUAUGGAGGGGCUGCAUCCAUUCCUGAAAAUGCACCUCUCGAUUCACGGGAUCACCCAGUUUCAAGACCUUGUCAACAGGGCCUUCAUACUUGAGAAUGAGCAUGCCAACCUAAGUGAAGAGAGAAGGAAGAAAGCAAGGGUAGAUCCACGCCCCAUGAUGCAUCACCCACGUCCUAUGAUGCCUGGACCAGUGCGUCCUCAUAUGCCACCACCACGGCCUAGAUUUCCUACUCAGCCAACCUUUGUUCCUAGAUGUGGGAAGUGUGGAAAAGGUCAUGCUACUCGAGAUUGUAUGACGGGUACAGGACUUUGCUUCAAUUGUGGGAGACCAGGACACCACAAGCUCAAUUGCACCUCUCCUCCCACGAAUCUUACAAGGCCACCUAUACUGUAGACUCAAGUGCAUAAUCCACCAGCUGGGCGAGGACAAGGCGGACCUAUGAACUAUGCAGCAAGAGGAGCUGGGCGGGGAGGACAAGUAGGAGGACAGCCAAGGCUGAAUUAUGUUGCUGCAGAGCAACUAGGAUACGUUACAGAUGUUGUCAUCGGUAAACUACUCAUUCCUCCUUCAGUUGGUAUAGUUCUUUUUGAUACCGGUGCCACACACUCAUUUAUUUCACAAGAUUUCGUGAAUAAGAAUGGAUUAACAUGCACACCAUUGGAAAAAGCUUUAGGA